ACAGUUGGAAGUGCGCCAGAAGAGAGAGAAGAAAAAGAGGCGAAGGAAAAGGCACAUGUUGUGGAGAGAGGAUGGUGUGGAAAUAAAACAGCAGAAAGUUCAAAUAACGGCGGAGCAACAAAGGCGCGUCACCGCUGAGACUUCAACUCAGGGCAGUUAGUGCCGGUUAAACACAGUCAGCUGAGCAUUUUAAUGUUGAGAACUUUAACACUAACACAGUUUAACCCACAGUCUCGGUUCGACAGUUAUAACAUCUCUCUAUAUGUGAGUCCAGAGCUAAACCUAAUUUGGUUGAUUGAUUGUCCAAACUCUGGCUCUGAGGCCAAUCGUGGUACACUCAUGUUUUUAACAUCAGGUUUUUUUUCCAACACUAAAUAUGAUUAAGUGCCACCAGAAAUGAUAUUCAAUCAUUUCUGAUCAAACCUGUCUGCUAACAUUAACUACAAAAGCUAACUUUUAGCCUAUUUUUGGAUCAUUUUAGCUAUCAUAGCUGGUUGGCUAAGCGGGAUACAUUUAUGGCCAACUUUUAGCUAUAUUUCAAACAUUUUGAUUGGACUCUAUGCUGUAGUGGUAUAUGCUAACCUGCUAUCUGACAGUUGUUUCGUGGUCCAAGUUCUCUGUUUAUUUUAUUUCAGAUUGCUUGUCUGUCAUUUCCAUGGCUUAUUUUUAACUAUAUAUUUUUAAGAUAUCACACUGUUUUUUCCUGGGCUAUGUUCUUUUAACCAUUUUUGGCCAACUUUGCGUAAUCUUCUCCACUAUUUUUUUUAAAGAUGUUUGCUACAUUUUAAUCCUCAGAGCUAAGUAAUUUGUUAGUUAUAUAUAUAUAUAUAUAAUUAUAUAUAAUUCUUAACCAAUUAUAUCUAUAUACAAUGUUUUUGUUUUCAACCUCACUUUAAGAACCGGUGACCCCUACAGUCACAGUGUUUACUAACAGUUUAAAGGUCAGAUGUCAAAUGUCAGGAACUAGCACGCUGUAGUCAUACACCAAUACAGCAGCCAUUUGCAGGACAGUAGCAUGGAUGGAUGGAUGGAUGGAUGGAUGGACAGACAGACUGAAUGACAGACAGAUAUAUAAAUAGAUGAUUUUCCAUAGUCACAAAAUGUCUUGUGUUUCCUGCUUUGGUAUUCAAAACUGAUUUCACACCUGCUUUUUUCCAGGUUGUGACGAUGAGUAGCUCAGGGCUUCAGGCCACCAACCGGCAGAAUGUGAAGGAGCUGGACAGCAUGAAGGAGUCCAUCAGUGACAUAAUCAACCAGCUCCAGGACAUAGACCCGGCCAGGCUCUCCUUCUCUCCCUUCCUGGACCUGGACACUCAGAUCUCCCUGGCACCAGUGUCAGACAGUCCAGAGUCCUCGGUGGAGGAGCUGCACUCGUCCUCCCACUCUGUCACUGGCUCCCAACGAUCACUUGAAAAAGCAGCAGCAGCAGCAGCAGCAGCAGCAGCACUUCAGCCAAAGAGCUCCGCCUCCUGCCACCAGCAGCCCAGUGACGGCCUCACAGAGCCUCGACUGGAUCAGACAGAGGAGGGGGAACUGGAUCAAACUCUUUCCAGUCCCAUCAUCACGCAGCUCAACUUGGACGCUGCUACGGAAAACUGCAUCAGCACUCCAACCCCAGCCUCUCAGGGAGACCUUCCCAAUGGCACAGACACGCAGAGAUGGAGUCCAGAAUCCACCAAUCUGGACUGUACAAUGGACGAGGUUCGCCCUCUCAUAGGUCCGCCUCCAGAGAGCGUGGAGCUGACGGUGUGGAGCCCAGACGGACGGGAAGAGACUUGUGAGGCCUCAGAGGAGGCUGCAGGUCGAGGUCGAAGCUGCUGCUGUCGCUGCUGCCAGUGUAAAUGCUGUCACAGCGGACGAGUUCCCGCCUUCUUCUCCGUCCUGGCCUCUCUUCUGUGUGCGGCUGGGAUCCUCUAUGCACUCUAUUUCUACGUUCCCAUUAAACCUCCCGACUGCCCCGACAUAGCGAGUCGCAUCAUUUUCACCUUCUGCUGCUGUGUUGUGGCAGCCCUCCCCAUCCUGAUUGCGAUGCUCGUGGGCUCACUCUGCCAGUUCUGCACCGGCUCCUUCAGCCCGCAGGAGCCGUUCUCCAGAAGCCAAGUGCUGCAGCAGCAUUUCAUCAGAAGGUCCAUGGAGCAGCUCCUCCUCUACGUCCUUAACCUGGUGGUCAUGGCUGCUCUGCUCCCUCAAGACCAGCUGAAGGUGGUGCCCAUAGUGGUGGCCGUGUUCAUCUUCGGAAGACUUGUUUACUGGAUCAGCCUGAACGUCUGCAGCUCGUGGCGAGCCUUCGGCUCCGGCCUGACCGUCUUCACCCUCCUGGCCGUGGUGGCUCUCAAUCUGUUCCUUAUGUACAACCUGAAUCUCAAAGAGCCUCUUUUUGGCUCCCAGGACGCCCUCUAUAAUCAGGUCACCCCCUCUUCCUGGUCAGUGGAGACAUCACAGAGCCCAAGUGGCAAACCAGACUUCCUCGCCACAGAUGACCUGGACUCUCAGUGAAAAGGACGAGCUGCGCUUUCUUCUUUCAGAAGGAGGAGAUCUUUCCAAAAAUAGUCCAUUCCUGUGGUCUGCAGUUCAGCACAGCUCCACACGCUGCCACUAUAAACUGCUGCUGUGUUUGUGACGGCUCUCCUUGUUGUUUCGCUCCUCCUCUGCAGGACUUUUUUUUUUUUUUAAUGUGGAUUCAUGCUUAUUAUCUGUAAUAUAAGAGCUUUUUGACCACUAGUGGUGUCUGAAGCUUUUGAACAAAGCUGUAGUCUCCAAACACGUGUCCUUUAUGAGCUAUUCCAGUGUCUAUAUUUAAUUUUUUGAACCCUGAGUACUUAAAGCCUCAGCUAUGUACAGUAUAUGGCUAAAUUUGGAUUGACCUUAAAAAAAACCACAAGCAAAGCAACUUGAGUUGUCAGACUUUAUUAUGAUUUUGACUGCCUUGACAGAUUGUGCUGUACAUGAUGAAGGAAAAUUAAAGCCAUUUGUUUAAAGAGAGAGUCUUUUCAUCUUGGCCAUUUGUUUGGACCAGUUGCUGCCUUUGCCUCGACUGUGCGGCUAUUCCUGGAGAUGCUGCAGAGCGUGGGUCUAUCAUUAUGUGACAACACGCUCUCCAUGUUCUCUGGUCGCUCCCCAUCUCCGCCCUGC